AUGACCUCUGGGGCCGCAAAAGUCGAGUGGCAACCUAUUCAUGAGCAGCUUCUCGGCUGCGAUAACGACCUUUUCGAGAAUAUUGAUAUUCUUGUGAUUCUCGAUUGUUGUUUUGCGGGAUUGGCAUCGCGCACCGAAUCCAGACGAACGCUGCAAAUCCUAUCAGCUUGCGCUGCAGAUAGCAAAACUCGGGCCCGCCCUAUCUCAGUCCCCGCGCUAUUUCAAUUUAUCGAGGACCACAAGCCCAAGGAGGCACCACAUAGCCUCCUGAAGACUCUCGGUGGCACAAGUACUAUUGUCUUGAUUCCGCAAAGCUCGCAGACCCAACGCUUGCUACCUACACUUCCUCCAAAUAUGCAUACAAGGACCAGCGUGCUAGUCAAGCUAGUACUAGAUGGCAAGCCUUCUGAUAUGGCGAGGCUAUUCCAGUCUGCUAUCAGUGACCUCCCAAGCCGUCUUCAUGUGGAGGUCAAGGAUGCAUACGAAACCGAUGCAUCCGUUGGCUUCAUUCUGGGCCUAUCUUGGGAAUCGCUUGCCCUCUGGGGGAUGGUAGCAGACCUUGAAAUCAUUAUGGUCACACUCGGCCCCUCACUUAUCCAUACCCUUGCUGAGGUUCAAGCUGCAGGCGAAAACUUACCACCCCGGGGUACGAAGGAUCCAAAGUAA